CAGCAACGAAAACUUCCUGCGAAAUAGUGCUCCCUAACAACAGACAAAGCUUGGCACAGUGGACUCAAUUUGGAGACGCUUACAUUUUUUUUUUUCAAAAGGCGUUGCGUAUUUACUCCUUCAAUGGGUCCGCACCGGCUCUCCGUGUCCAGAGAGUAGGCUGAGUGUGCAGACAUGUCGGGUCGCUCCGCCGCAGAGAUGGAUGACUCGCAGGAGCUGCCUGAGCUGCCGGCAAAGAAAGUCAAGCUUGACUUAGACCGUGGACUUGAGAAAGAGCAAAGUUUGGGUGAGGACGGGAGCCCAGCGGCUGUGUUAGGCUCAUCAGAGCAGGAAAGCUCUUACUCUGCCUUGUCCACCACCCAACUUGAUCCAGGAGAUCAGGAGCAGUCGGACGCAGAUGGAGGGGCGGCACCUCAAGCAUGUGGUGCUUCCAUGAACUCGUAUGCACACUCUGGCACAGACGCAACGGCCACGUCUGAAUACACUCAGCAGGUUUAUCAAGGAAGCAACCCUGCAGUGACGUCGUACACCAGCCAGGUGGCCUUUCCUCCUGUCCUCCAGUCGACUGUGUACUCAGCGUUCCCCCAGACAGGCCAAACCUACGGUCUCCCACCCUUUGGUGCUAUGUGGCCAGUCAUAAAAUCAGAGACUGGGCUGUCUGAGGCGCCCUCUGGUGGCCAGCCUGGGUUUCUCAGCUUCAGCACCACAUAUACCUCAACCCAGCCAGGCCAGCUGCACUACUCAUACCCCAGCCAAGGCUCAAGUUUCACAACAUCCAGUGUGUACUCCAACAUCCCCUCAGCUACAGCAGCCACCACCGCCUCAACCACAGCAGCCCACCAAGAAUUUGGCAGCUACAACUCUUUGGGACAAGGUCAGUUCUCACAGUACUACGCUCUGCCUCCCAGUUAUGUGCCUGCCGGGCUGCCCAGCAGCGACGAUCACAGUGCCAGUGUUGGUGUAGCCGGAUAUUCAGCGGUAAAGUCAGAGGAGGCCGCAUCGGCUGGACUGCCUCCCAGAGAUGCGUCUCCACCAGAGAACCUCCCGGCAGGCGCGGCCCUUCCUACCAGUGUGGCUCUUCCAGCUGGAGCCAGAGACCAAGAUGAGGUCGGACGCAGGAACUCAGUUGGCAAAGCUAAAGGGAAGGGCAAGAAGCCUGAAAACUCUCCACCCACUGAGAGUGACCUGGAGCGCAUCUUUCUGUGGGAUCUGGAUGAGACUAUUAUUAUAUUCCACUCACUGCUCACAGGCUCCUACGCACAGAAGUUUGGAAAGGAUCCGGCAACAGUGCUGAACUUAGGCUUGCAGAUGGAGGAGUUUAUCUUUGAGCUGGCAGACACCCACCUGUUCUUCAAUGACCUUGAGGAAUGUGAUCAGGUCCAUGUUGAGGAUGUGGCCUCUGAUGACAAUGGACAGGACCUGAGUAACUACAACUUCUUGGCGGAUGGCUUCAAUGGCCCCAGUGGUGGAGGUACUUCAGGAGCCACUACGGGAGUCCAGGGAGGAGUGGAGUGGAUGCGCAAGUUGGCCUUUCGCUACCGCCGGCUAAAAGAGAUUUACAAUAGCUACAAAGGAAACGUUGGAGGCCUGUUGAGCCCGAUGAAGAGGGAUCUGCUUUUACGUCUCCAGUCUGAGAUCGAGAACGUGACAGACGCCUGGCUCAGCACAGCGCUCAAAUCUCUGCUGCUCAUCCAGUCCAGGGGAAAAUGUAUGAAUGUGUUGGUCACCACCACUCAGCUGGUUCCAGCUCUGGCCAAGGUGCUUCUCUACGGCUUGGGAGACGUCUUCCCCAUCGAGAACAUCUACAGCGCCACCAAAAUAGGGAAAGAGAGCUGCUUCGAGAGGAUCGUCUCUCGCUUUGGGAAGAAAGUGACGUAUGUGGUGAUAGGUGACGGUCGAGAUGAGGAAUUUGCAGCAAAACAGCACAAUAUGCCUUUCUGGCGGAUCUCCACUCACGGCGACCUCGUGUCCCUACACCAAGCGCUGGAACUGGACUUCUUGUAAAGGAGGAGGCGGCGGCAGCAGCAGUGGCACCGAAUGUUGCACACUAAAGGACAAAAUGUAGUCGUCAUCCUGGCGGUUUGUUGAGUGACACAGAUUGAAAAUCC